CUAGGACUGAGGGAGGGAGAAGUCGUUCCUCCGGACCAGUUCCUCCUGGGGUCCUUUUGCUAGAUAACCUGGAGUGAAUCACCAGAAAUGACGAGUCAUCGAGCCAGUACAUCUUCUACCCUAUCCUCGGGAUCUGCCACACCCCGUGGCUUGGGCCAUGCUCCCAGCUGGACAGACGACCUGCCAGUCUGCCCACUGUCAGGUGUGGGGUCCUCCACUAACCAGACCUACAGGCUGGACGGGCUCAGGCAGGAGGAACACCCGUUCGAGGACAGGUGUUUCCAUUUCAGACAUGAGAGUGACGUGUACCUGUACGGUGUGUUUGAUGGGCAUGAUGGGAACCGAGCCUCAGAUUUUGCCACCCAGCGCAUGCCGGCAGAACUACUGCUGGGCCAGCUGGACAAAAUCCAAACAGACAGAGAUGUCAAGAUGGCCUUACACCAGGCUUUCCUGGCUGUAGACAAGGCAUUUUUUGAAGCCAUUGAUGACUACCUGUGUGAGAAAACUACACUUCAGUUGGAGCUUCCAGAGGGUAUGAGUGACUACGAGGUGUACCAGCAGUACCCACAGUUGGUGGACAAACUCCAUGCCCUGGAUGAGAAGAUCACAGGUGGAACUACAGCUGUGGUAGCACUCAUCCUCAACAGCAAACUGUAUGUGGCAAAUGCAGGAGACAGCAGGGCCGUGCUGUGUAAGACCAAACCUGACUCAUCACUAGAAGUUGUCCAGCUGAGUAACGACCAUGUGAUUGACAACCCUGACGAGACGCUGCGCCUGUCACAGCUGGGGCUGAACAUGGACCUGAUUCGCAGCCAGGGCAGUCGUCUGGGCAACCAGGACUGUACCCGCACGCUGGGCAACUACCAUCUCAAGGGGGGGUACAAGGACUUUGACAUCCUCAGUGUGGCCACAGCAGAACCAGUGAUAGCAGAGCCAGACGUGGUGGGAGGGAUCACAGUGGACGAGUCCUGCAGCUUCCUCAUGCUGUUUUCUGAUGGUUUGUACAAGUCUUUGGAGAAGUGUACCGGUACAGACAGUGUGAACAGAGACCUGGCCUACAUGGUGUCUGAAGAACUGGGGAACCAGUCCACCCUGAACAGUGUUGCCCAGGCCGUGGUGGACCGCGUGGUGAGACUUCACCACGACACGUUCAUGAGGGGAGGGGACCACGCGCGCCUGUGUGCCAAGAGACCCGACAUCAUGUUGAUUGUGAGGAACUUCAACCAUCCCUUCCCCAACGCUUUAACAAGUCCCACCCAGGGAGGGGUGUAUAACCCAGUCUCUGUUCCGUACAGACCACACAAAAACGAAGGGCCUCCCCCGAAACUCAUCAUGCCUCCAAAACAGCCUGUUCCCACCAACCUGCACGAAACCUCACCUACAACAACGGUCGUAGCUCCAGCGACCAAUCAGAGCCCAGUCGUGGCGCAGCAGUCGCCCUCAGCCACCAUGAGCGAGGUCGCCGACACAAACGUCACCCAGACGACGGGAACGACUAGUAGUGACACGGAGAGGAGCGGUCCGGAGCUGAGGCUGUUUCGCCGUCGUCAGCGAUCGUACCAGCCGCUGACUUUGGAUGACGACGGUUUGGUAGAACCGUACGUGGACUUCUCUGACUUUCACCAGAGGUGGAAUGAGUUCAUGAAGACACAGAAGGAACACAUCAGUAGUCUACAAGAAGAAAAGGAGCCCAGUCUUAAAGAAGAGCCUGACAAAGAACUGGAGGAGGAGGAGGCACAACGCUGAUAUUCUCACUGUUGGAAACAUGCACAUUGUACAUGUAUAUUCAAAAGAUUAUUGUAGUCUUUUUCACUCUCUCAAGUGCUGCAUGUGGAUCCUUGAUGAAUUUUUGUUUUAAUUGCAGGUCUGAAAUAAAUUAGAAAAUGCCAUCCCAUAUGUGUAUGGAUAAUAAGCAUUUAGAUGUACAGUAUACACACGAGAAAUGUGUCAUUAUGGACAUUU